CUCGACUGGUGUCUGGCGCAUCCUCCUGCUGAGGGGUGCACGAGCUUCGACGACACUUGCUCCUUCACCGUAACAUCUGGGAUUCGUACUGGCGAGAACUUGGGCGCUCAGCUAGUGCUUACCGAUACUGGACUCGUUGCGAAGAUCUACGAUCCACUGUUUUACUCGUUUCAGGACCAGGAUUUUCAAGACCUGGAAGUUGACGUCGCGACUGCUGCCGACUCUGAGUACAGUAUCGAAGCUGCCGCCUACUCCGAACUCCAAGGCACGUCAGUAGAAGGCUGCAUCACGCCCGAGUAUAACGGCUCCUGGACCCUAAACGUUACGGGCGAUAUUCAGGACGAGCAUAUCACUCGCCAGGUACGAUUGGUCCUUGUCGAAUAUGUGCCUGGUGUGCGAAUGGCGGAUUUCGAACCACACAGCCUCACACCAGAGGUGAGAAGAGACAUUAUGGUCAAAGUCAUUGAGGCCGACUACGAUAUUCGUCGCGCUGGGGUUCGACAUGACGAUAUAUCGCCGCGAAACAUUAUCUUCUCUAAGAGACCAAACACCGCAAAUAGAAACUUCCGAAUCAGACUAGUAGAUUUUGGCCACUCGACUGUGUUCAAAAUCCGGUUCGGACGUCCACUACGGUAG